GGAAGUGAGCAGCGUCAUCAAUAACAAACCAGGAGAGGCCUUACAUCUCCCACCGACACAGGCCAACUUGUCAGAUAAAAGACGAGUCGAAUUAUGGUACAAUUACCAUUGGUACAAUUUCAAUUUGCAGCCUGACUGAUACAAUCAAAACCAAAGAAGUCUAAUUGGAGGAGAGGAAAAAACCAAAGAAGGUAGCGGAGCUACGCCAUAAACCCGAGGUAUCGACCGCCACCACCACCGCAAAGACAAACAAGAACGCUGGCAAGGGACAUCACAAAAUGGACGUCCUCCAUCGGCUGAAGAGCGCUGUGACCAACGUCCUGCCUGGCAACCCUCUGUCCAGGGACUUUGACAUCCAGGCGCAGGUGGCCAGUGCGGGGCCGCGACUGCUGUGGAAGGUGUUCUCAGCUGUCAAGAAAAGUACCAAGGAGGAAGCCUCAGUGUUCCUGUUUGAGAAGAAGAGCUUGGAGCGGUUCCAGAAGCGAGACCGCGAGGUGAUUGUGGACGGCCUGAGGCGAGGGGUGCAGCAGCUGACCAAACUGAGGCAUCCCAGGAUCCUCUCUGUCAUACAGCCGCUAGAGGAGACACGAGAGGCCCUGGCGUUUGCCACCGAGCCAGUGUUUGCCAGUUUGGCCAAUGUGUUGGGGUCGCUGGACAACAUCGGCUCUCCGCCGCAGUUCUUGACCGACUUUGAGCUGUACGAGGUGGAGAUUAAACAUGGCUUGUUACAGGUAUUAGAAGGUUUGUGGUUCCUGCACCAGGACGCCAAGAUGCUGCACCGUAACGUGUGCCCGACCUCCGUGCUGCUGGCCAAGACAGGGACGUGGAAGCUGGCGGGCUGUGAGUUUGUGCUGCAGGCCUCCGACACGCAGGAGCAGAAUCCGGUGUACAGAUUCGAGGAGUGGCGCAGCGACGUGCCCCCCGAGGCCCAGCCCAACCUGGACUACCUGGCGCCCGAGUGCGAGCUGACGCAGCGCGUGUCCCCGUCCAGCGACAUGUUCUCCUUCGGCGUGCUCAUGUACGCGCUGUUCAACAAGGGCCGCACGUUGUACCAGAGCCACGGAGAACUCACCACGCACCGCAGAAACCUGCAGGAGCUGAGCGGGCUUCGUAGCUCUCAGCUGUCCAACAUACCGCCGGGCCUAGUGGACCACGUGAAGCUUUUGCUCAACACAGAGCCCACGCUACGGCCCGACGCCGCACAGAUGACCAAGGUCCCAUUCUUCGAGGACAUGGCGUGCGUGGCGCUGCAGUACAUCGACUCUCUCUACCAGCGGGAGAACAUGGAGAAGGCCAACUUCUUCAAGGGACUGCCCAAGGUCAUUGACAGACUGCCCAAGGUAGGUCCCCAACAACGCAUUUUGCCGGCGCUGUUCAAGGAAGGAAUCAACGCCAACAUGGUUCCCUUUGUCCUGCCCAGUGUGUUCCUCAUCGCGGAGCAGUCGAGCACCGAGGAGUACCGGGCCCUCAUCCUCCCGGGGAUCAUUCCUUUUCUGAAGCUCCGCGAGCCCAUCCAGGUGAUCCUGAUGUUCCUACAAAACAUGAACCUUCUGCUGAGCAAAACGCCGACCCAACAACUACAGACCUACGUGUUCCCGCUCAUUUUCUCCGCCCUGGAGUCGGACAGUCCUCAGAUUCAGGAGCUGUGCCUAAACAUCAUCCCGACGUUUGCCGACCUGAUAGAGUACAACACGCUGAAGAAAUCUCUGGUGCCCCGGGUGAAGAAACUGUGUCUUAGCACAUCUGUGCUCAACGUCCGUGUGAACUCCCUCCUGUGUAUCGGCAAACUGAUGGACCAGAUGGACAAGUGGUAUGUCCUCGACGAGGUCCUUCCCUUCCUGAGGGACAUCCCGACCAGGGAGCCGGCCGUCCUCAUGAGCAUUCUAGGUAUCCACAAGGUGGCUCUGUCUGAAGCCAAGCUGGGAAUUACCAAAGACGUGAUGGCCAACAAAGUUCUGCCCUUCCUCAUCCCUCUCAGCAUAGACAACAACCUCAACCUCUCUCAGUUCAACGCCUACAUGUCUGUGAUCAAGGAGAUGUUGAGCAAAGUGGACGCGGAACAUCGCGGGAAGUUGGAGCAGUUGGAUCAGAUGCAGCAAGACCACAAUGGUAUGGUUUGUCUCCACAGGACUUUGGAAAUUUCCAAAAUUACCGGAGAAAAUGGCAGCGCGAAGCAGCAGACGGAUGGAAAAUCGAGCUUUAUGGACAAGUUUCUGACGGGCGUCGGCCUGGGUGGAUCUGUCAAUCAAACGUCGGCGACAAGUCCUGUGGGAGGGGCUAGCUCCCCUGACUCCACCCCCCGCCCCGCCCACACCACGGCAAAUGCUACCGUCACAAAGGAGAGUUCCCUCACGCCCAAAAAGACGGGCCUGACCUUGGAGGAGAAGCAGCGACUGGCCAAACAACAGGAGCAGGAGCGAACCCUCAAGUCCCAGCGCCCCCUGCAGCCUCUCAACUCCUCCACCACCUCCCCGGCCGCCCCCGUCAACGGCAGCCUCUCCUCCUCCUCCUUCUCCUCCUCCAAAUCCUCCUCCUCUUCCUCCUCCUCCUCCUCCGCUCGCAACGGACCGCGUGAUCUCACCUCAACCCUGAUGGAAUCCAACAUGAGAAACCUGAGCGUUGCGUCUAAGUCGAGCCCCGCACCGGGGGCCACUUCCUGUUCCCCCUCCACCACACCCCUAGGCAUGAUGGUCUCGUCCGGAUUUAGCGGAGGGAUGGCUGGGGGGAGGACGGGCGGAGGGGGUCCCGUCAACUGGCAAGGGGGAGGGGGUGUGGGAGGGGGAGGGGGCGCUAUUCCUCUGAUGAACUCCUCGUCUUCGGUGAACUGGGGUUCCUCCCCCUCCCCCUCCUCCUCUCAUUCCUCCCCGUUUGCCCCGCCCAUGUCCUCAAUGCCCUCCUCCUCCUCCUCUCUGUCGUCUGGGCAGGGAAAGUCGCAGAUUGACAUGUCCUCGUUUGACUCUCUCCUUACCACCCCGGGCGUGGGCGCCAACCGGACGCCGCCCAUGAACCAGAUGGGUGGGCCGGGAGGUCUGGGGGUGACCGGGGGUCAACCCGCGAGACAGAUGACGGGGACUGUAGAUGACGCUGAUGUCUUUCCUUGUUGGACUGUGUAG